AUUCUAUUUUCCCAAAAAUUUUCCCCCUAAUCUGACUCUCCUAAUUCCUCCGUCCGGCGUCCGCCAGAGUCGCCGUCAACCUCGCUUCACCGUCCAAUACUCCGGCAGCAAGGUAUACUAGAUCAAUAAUCAAUAUAAUGCCUCAUAAACUCACAAGGCAUCGUCGAUUGUUAAGAUAUAAACCUUUUGGUUUCUCUCCAUUUGCUCGAUCUAUAGCCCAACUUGCCUCAUAUAACAAGGUCAAGCGCAAGAUUUACAAUGGACUACAGGAAAAAAAUUUUCCCAGCUCAUCAGGUAAUGGGGUUCUAAAUCACACCCAAGGAGGCAAAAAUCAGCAUUCUGAUUCUUCUGAUGAUGAGUUUGAAGGCACUCUCCAAGCUGACUUUGAGUUCUUUGAUCCCAAGCCUGAUGACUUCCAUGGAGUGAAGGUUCUCCUGCAGACGUACCUUAAUAAUAAACAGUGGGAUUUGAGUGGUUUUGUGGACUUAAUCUUGGGACAACCCACAGUAGGGACUGUUGUUAAGAUAGCGAAUGACGAAGAUGAAGGAAUUUACUCUGUUAUCAGUGCUCUUAACUUGGGAAGAUAUAAGAACAGUAAGUGCAUAAUGGAGCUCAAGAAAUUCCUGCUCAGUGCAUGCCAAGAUAAUAAUGUACAAGCUAACUUGAGCUCGCUGCUUGAAGAGCAAUCCAAUGACGUUGGAUUGUUAGUCUCCCAACGCGUAGUAAAUCUUCCUCCACAGCUUUUGCCUCCCCUUUAUGACGGCCUCUUUGAUGAAAUCUCAUGGGCUACAGAAGAUGAGCCCACAGAAGAGCUUCGAAAAUCUUUUUGCUUCAAGUUUUAUCUAGUGGUCAGUAAAAUUUACAAGCAUAAAAAUGCAGACAAAAAAACUUUACCAAGUAAAAGCGGUGAUGAAGCUAUAAUAUAUGUUAAGCCUGAGGAAGAAAUACUUCAUGAGCUAAGCUCUUGGUCCUUCACUUUCCCUAUGCACUCUCAGCCAGUCAGAACUGAUGAGCUCAAAGAUUACCGGAUGACUGGUUUGGUCAUGGCAGUGGAAGCAAGCAAAAUAUCCAAAUUCCGAAAACAGUUAAACUCUUUAAUAGAUAAUUCAUGAUUCCAUCUGCAGUUCCACCAGCUAUCAUCAUAUAGUGUUCGUUAUUUCAAUUAAAGCGGGAACAAUUGCCAUCUGACUUCUUUGAGUUAGACACAUGAACCCAGUAAGCUCACUGCUCGAUUGCCAUCAUCAUAUGUUUUGCUUGCUUAUAGAUGCUGAAGGGUUGAACCAAUUUUGAUCACUGUUAGUAACUCCAUGGAACAACGGCUAUCAUGUACUUGGUACAUCACAGCAUUUGAUUCGGUAAAAUUUAACUCCAUGGAACAACGGCUAUCAUGUACUUGGUACAUCACAGCAUUUGAUUCGGUAAAAUUGCAAUUUGCAACAUGGUUAAAUUUUGAACUAAUGUUAUCUGUUUACAGGGGCAUGCAGUUUUCAUGAACUAAAUAUAAAAAUUUGCUGCUUUUAUUUAGUGCUAAUUAGUGACUUGCAAUA